UUUUACGUUUUUGUGCGUCAACUCCCCAGUCCCCCCCACCAUCGCCGCUCUACAGAGGAAGAAAGGGGGAGACGAGAAACCUAUUCUGAACGCUUUCACACAAAUAUGAGCGGCAGCGGGCGGGCCAGGACCAGCUCAUUCGCUGAGCCUCCCGGAGCUCCUGGAUCUGCUGCAGCCGGUGCCGGAUCAUCAGUACCCGGCGGAAGCUCGACAGGAAAGACUGGGGCUUCACAAGCAGGUGGAAGCAGCUCUACGAGCUUUGGAAAUUUGAAAUUGCCCAGAGACAGUGGAAAAGUGACAACAGUGGUAGCCACACCUGGACAGGGCCCUGACCGCCCACAGGAAGUGUCCUAUACUGACAUAAAGGUAAUAGGAAAUGGCUCCUUUGGAGUGGUGUACCAGGCACGCCUCAUUGACACGCAAGAGAUGGUGGCCAUUAAGAAGGUUCUCCAAGAUAAAAGAUUUAAGAAUAGAGAGCUGCAAAUUAUGAGGAAAUUGGACCACUGUAAUAUUGUGAGGCUACGCUAUUUCUUCUAUUCCAAUGGAGAGAAGAAGGACGAGGUUUACUUGAAUCUUGUGCUGGAUUUUGUCCCAGAGACUGUGUACAGGGUGGCCAGGCACUUCAAUAAGGCCAAGACUACAAUUCCCAUCAUCUAUGUUAAGGUGUAUAUGUACCAGCUGUUCCGCAGUCUGGCUUAUAUUCAUUCCCAGGGCGUGUGUCACAGAGACAUAAAGCCGCAGAACCUGCUGGUGGAUCCAGAGACGGCGAUUCUCAAGCUCUGUGACUUUGGCAGUGCGAAGCAGCUAGUUCGAGGGGAGCCAAACGUGUCCUAUAUUUGCUCACGGUACUAUCGUGCCCCGGAGCUCAUUUUCGGCGCCACCGACUACACCUCCAACAUCGACAUCUGGUCAGCCGGGUGCGUGUUGGCGGAGCUGCUGCUGGGCCAGCCCAUCUUUCCCGGGGACAGUGGUGUGGACCAGCUAGUAGAAAUCAUAAAGGUUCUGGGGACUCCAACAAGGGAGCAGAUCCGGGAAAUGAAUCCCAACUACACAGAGUUCAAAUUCCCACAGAUCAAGGCGCAUCCAUGGACAAAGGUCUUUAAGCCUCGUACCCCACCAGAGGCCAUUGCCCUCUGCUCUCGCCUGCUGGAGUACACGCCAGUAACCAGACUGUCUCCUCUGGAGGCGUGUGCGCACGCCUUCUUCGACGAGCUGCGCCAGCCUAACACUCGCUUGCCCAGCGGACGAGAACUGCCGCACCUCUUCAACUUCAGUUCUUUUGAGCUUUCUAUCCAACCGCCUCUGAAUUCCGCACUCAUUCCUCCUCAUGCCCGUGCACAGACAUCCCCGGCUUCACAUGAGGGCAGUGUGUCAGACAGUACCGCCCAGCCAGGCUCAGCUCCUGGAUCCAUCAACAAUAGCACCUGAGCACUAGUCCCCCUGUCAUGUCCUCUGUUGUCUUCCCUGUCCUCCUUUUCCUGUUCCUCUCCCUCUCAGCCUUCUCCUCGGCUCCAAGCGUCCGAAAUAGAAAAGACGAACACAAUCACGUAAACACUCAGAACUGCUAUUUUGCCUAGAUGUUCACCACUUUCAAUAGAAAGCAGCACCUGCCGCUGCUGGCCUCAGGAAGCUGUGGUUUGUUUUCAUCACAUUUUGGUAGCUGCACUUGGGAGGUUAACAUAAGCUGCACCUUUAAGUCCUUGUUGUCCCUCGUGUGGAGCAUUAGGAUAAAUAUUCUUUUUUUCUGGAUGAGUAGAAUGCUGGGAAAUCUUGUACAUUCUUUGUGGAUAAUGUUUUUGUGUCCUCAAAAACGGACUUUUAUUCCUAUUUAAGUUCCUUUUUAUUUGCAUAUUUUUUUUAUUUAUGGCCAUGGUGGCGUUGAAUUGCAUUGUGGCUGGCUUUGGAGGAGUAAGGCAAUGUGAAAGGCCAGACCAUACUGACAAUCAUCCUUAGAAAACCCACACUAGUGUUGUAGGUCAUGCUCCAUUUGUAGACGGGCUGUUCUGUUGCUUUCUGCCCUAAACUCGGCCCCAAAUGACAGUUCAUCAAGCCCACUGGAGAGCAGAUGUGAAAAAAUGUUUUAAUCUUGUCUGAUACCAGACAGUACAGGCCUUUUUAAAUGAGGUUUUAAAUUUUAUUGUAAAAAAGCACCAUUGCUUGUCUACUUUUUUUUUUUUCUUGGCUCCGUAGUUGCCUUUUAUGUGAUUGGGAGGGAGCUUUAUUUAAGCAGAGUGCAGACUUUGGACAUUAGCUUGUAACUCGGCAUUUCAUGCCUCAAGAGGAGAAUAGCAUCUCCAAAGAGGGCGGGAGGUAGGACGCAGGUGCUGGUCCAGCUCACGGAGACAAGUUCAUGCAGGGUUAGAUGCUGUCAACUUGCGGGGUGAGGAGUCUCUUCUCUGAUUAUGUCGCUUUAAAAUGUUGCGUUUUGCAUCAGCGGGAUUUUGUUCAAGAAUUGCACUGUCUGCAGAGGAACUGAGGAGCUUCUGCACGCCGCCAUCGCUCACUUCCUGAUUUUAUUCAGUUAAUGCUGCGACAACUGUGAAGUUCUAUUUGGUUGGGAGCGGUUUCUCGAUCUCCCGAUGCCCCUGUGAAUGCAGGCAGCUCCUCUUCUCACGUUCUUCUCUGACUCGAAUGGUCGACUGUACUUUUCCUGAACGAUUCGCCAAGCUAACAGGCUGCUGUCAGGCCGGACUGAUACCAGUCCUUCCAAAACGUAAUUGUGCACGUUCAGAUAAAGCUGACGCCGCGAGUGUCUGUAAUGAUUUGACCAGACAUAAUGCUGAAACCCAACUGCUUCUGGAGCCACCUCUCCCAUCCCAUUCUUCCUCAUCUUCAUCCCUCUGCCUCCUGCAUACCUCUCCCCCUUUUUUUUCACAGCUAAACUGUAAAUAUCAAGUAUCUUAUUUUGUUAUUUUUAUUAUUAUUAUAUUGUCGUCCUUGUAAUUUUCUUUUCUGUAGUAGACCGGCACCACAGUUGUUGGACUGUUAUCCUCAGUCGCAGUCUGUAAAUAAGAUUUCAUUUCAGUCCCCUGUUCGGGGGGGGCAAACAGAACAAAAAUGUUUUCAUUUAAAUUCUCUCUCCCUUCAUUUCUCUCAUAAAAACGUUCCCUUUCCCCCCGUUUGUUUUCACAUCCAUUUUAUUUAUUGUAUUGUGUGUUUUUUUUUUUUUUUUUUGGGGGGGGGGGGGGGUCUUUGUCAUCUUUUUUGUGUAUCAUCUCCUAGUCCAGGUGUGUCACAUCUGCAAUAUUGUCCUCAGAUCCAGAUGUUUCUGUCAUUGUAGGUAUGCAGAUGUUCAUGCAGACCAUCUCCUGGGACUCCAGUUUCCCUUUAAGCUUCACUCUGAAGGGAACAUUACAGACCUGUGGAUCUGUAGGGUCCUUGCUUUUGUUGGUGGGGGGCAUCGGGUUUCAUUCACAAAAAAAUAAGCUUUUUUUUUCCUGCACGACAUCUAUGCUUGUACAUAGAUUGUGGGGUUUUUAAACCUUCAACUUUAAAUUAUUAUUUCUAAUCGCCUUUUUUCUGAGUAAAUUGUCAUUGCUGAGAACAUUGAAAUUUGGUAAGAGAUAAAGAUGGAGGGAGAGAGACAGUUUUUGUUUGUUGGUAUAAAUAAUUAAACUCAAUAAUAAAGCAA